AUGGGGCGGGCUAGCGGGCGCGGGCAGGAGCACCCGCCGUGCGCUGCGGCUAGCAGAACCCGGGGGAAAGGGGGCGUGCAGGCGCUGGGGUCCGCCAGCGGCUGUGGCCGCGGCCGCUGUUGGUCCAGCAGCAGCAAGGGCCGGCGAGCGGAGCGAGCAGGGGCUGCCGGGGAGGCGCGGUCGGCGCGGCACGGCAGGGCAGGGCGCGGGGUAGGCGUGGCUGGUGCGGGGCGACGGGCGAGCACGAGGGGACGGAGCAGGGCAGCUGUGGCAGGGGGAGGCAGGGGCGAGGCCAAGCGAGGGUGCGGCGAGGGCAGUAGGGGGCGGCGGCAGCAGCUCGAGGAGCGAGCGGGCGCGGUUGGACGGAGCAGGGCGGAAGUGGCCUCGGCCGGGAGCGGUGAUGCGCGCGGUGGCGCACGGGAGCAACAGCGAGCGUGGCUGCGGGGCGACGGCAUGUGA